AAAAUAAAUGUUUCAAAGGAAACGGCUCAUCUGUAAAGACGUACUGACCAACACAGUGGAUAAUGGAUUCAGAGGAUAUUUAUGAAAAUGCUGGACGCAGAGAUAUUAAGAACACAACUGGAGCUCAAACUCAGAGUCACGGCCGGGAUGAAGCAAAAGAUCUCAAGCACAGAGGAAGUAGAUGUUUGGUGUUGAUCUCAGUGGGUCUCGGGCUCAUUUGUGUUCUUCUGCUGGUCUUCAUCAUACUGCUCAACAUCACCAUCACAGCAGAGAGAGACAUGAUAAAGAGUUACAAGAACACCGUUGAAGAGUUCAAUCAAACCAUCAACAGCUUACAGCACAAUCACACUGAUCUAACACAGAAGAACCUGGAGCUGGAGACCAAAGUUAAAGAUCUCACUGCUGAGAAAAACCAGUUACAGAGAGAUUUUGACUCUUUGAAUAAGAAGAACCUGGUGCUGGAGACCCGAGUCAAUGAUCUCACUGCUGAGAAAAGCCAGUUACAGAGAGAUUUUGACUCUUUGAAUCAGAAGGGUCCAGUUUGUUUCUUCAUGUCCACUGAGUUGAAGAGCUGGUCUGACAGCAGACAGUACUGCAGGGAUCGUGGAGCUGAUCUGGUCAUUAUCAACACUGAAGAGAAGCAGAAGUUCAUAUCUUCAUUAGUCAGUGAGAAAGUGUGGAUUGGUUUGUCUGACAGAGAGACCGAGGGCGUCAUGAAAUGGGUGGAUAAUUCAACACUGAAACAAGGGUUUUGGCUCAAAGGUGAGCCAAACAACGCUAACAAUGAGGACUGUAUUGAAAUGAAUUUUAAUAGAGGGAAGCCGGGAUGGUCACCACUGAACAGCUGGAAUGAUCUGCCAUGCUCUGAGAAGAAAAAGGGGAUUUGUGAGAAAUAG